CUCAAAUCAUCUGGGAUCUGCCACCCACAUGCAUCAUGCUUUUCCCUUCCUCACCAGCCUGUGUGACCUCACCUAGCCCCACCCCCAGGAUAGCCUCUCUAUGGCACCCUUCUACAAUUCCCAUUCUCUAGGGGAGCAAGCUGUUUCCUCUGCGCCUAGCUGAGCUGUUCUUUACACAAUUGCCUUCUACUCACUUCCAAGAGAAGACUCCCCUGUGCUACUACUGCUGCUUCUCAUCCCCUUCCUAACUAUUCUGUGCCCCAGUAAAGAAAAAUCAUGUGAUGACAGAAGAUGAAAAUUCAGAGAUUGUGUUAAAGCCGUUAGUCUUUCGUGUAGAUGAAAAUACUCCUGAACUAGUAAAAAAUGUUCUACUAGAACGUGGAUGGAAUAAAUAUAAUGAAGAUGUACAGGAUGUAGCAGAUUGGAACUUGUAUUGGCGGACGUCAGCUUUCCGUAUGAUUGACCACAGCAAUGUUAAGCCAUGGCAACGACUUAAUCAUCACCCAGGGACCACCAGGCUUACCAGGAAGGACUACUUGGCAAGACAUUUGAAGCACAUGAAAGGGAUUUAUGGAGCAUCUCUUUAUGCAUUCUCUCCACUAACAUUUAUCAUGCCCAAAGACUAUAUUAAGUUUGUAGCUGAAUAUUCCAGGGAGAAAGAGGCCCUUGGCACCAAGCCAAGCUAUUGGAUAUGCAAGCCAGCAGAACUGUCUCGUGGAAGGGGCAUAAUGAUUUUCAGUGACCUUAAAGACUUGAUCUUUGAUUGUGCAACAAUUGUACAGAAAUAUAUCACCAACCCCUUCCUCAUUGCUAGGUAUAAAUGUGAUCUGCGUAUUUAUGUGUGUGUUGCUGGCUUCCAGCCCUUAACCAUUUACCUCUAUCAGGAAGGACUGGUACGGUUUGCCACUGAAAAGUUUGAUCUCAAUAACCUGAAGAACGAUUGCUCCCACCUGACCAAUAGCAGUGUCAAUAAAACCGGGGCCUCCUACAAGAAGAAUAAAGAAGGGGUUGGCCGAGGUUGUAAAUGGACCCUGAGCAAGUUCUUCGCUUAUCUGCGCAGCCAGGAUGUGGAUGACUUGCUUCUGUGGCAAAGAAUCAACCACCUGGAUCUCACAAUUCUCUCCAUUGCCCCCUCUGUCCCCUCAGCUUCCAAUUGCUUUGAGCUCUUUGGAUUUGACAUUUUGAUUGAUGACAAGUUCAAACCAUGGCUUUUAGAAGUGAACUUCAGUCCUGGCUUAUCUUUAGACUGUUCCACUGAUGUGUCAGUGAAGAGAAAGCUUAUCCAUGAUAUCAUUGAAUUAAUGCAUUUCAACCAAACUCGCCUGAGGAAAACCAAAAAGGAAUCUCGUGAAGCUUCAGGCCACCAGCCUCACGUUUCCUGGACUGGAAGUGAUAAAGAUAGAGUCUGUGAAACUUCAAAGCAUUGGUGUAAAAUUUCCUGGGCAAAAGGUAAGAAAGAUAGAGACCAUGAAACUUCAGGGCAAUGGAUAAACAUUUCUCAGUUUGGACAAAAAAGCACAGUUCAUGGAUCGUCUAGAUACACAUCUCAUAACAAGGAGACUUGCAUCUCUUCUAAUAUUUUCUCUUUAUUCCAAGGAAAGGCCUAUAGCAAUGAUUUAAUUGCCUUACAGAAAAAAGUCAAAGAUUUUCCUAAAGAAAUAUCUACUGAAAAACUAAGAGAAAAGAAGGCUUCAAAAGAUUCUGUACCCCCAGCUUUUCCAAAGAUAAGAAACAGACAGACUACAUUCAAGUCAUUCCAUCUCUUCCCAUCUUCUGAAUCAUGUAAGAAGAAGAAAAACAUCACCCCAUAUUUCCUGUCAGACAAAGGUAUGAGGCCAUGCUCCCACGUAGGUGAUUUUGCUCUCAUUUUCCCUUUCAAUGAAGCCACUCUUGAAGCUACCAAGAAUGGAUUGGAUCUCAAAAAAGUCAUCCAUGAACUCCAGAAGCUUGUAAAUAAAAAAUCAACAACCGAGGCAGAGGAUAAAACUAAGAAAACGUGACCAGGGAUUUCAAUGACUUAGGGACCAACUGAAUGCAAAUCCCUGAAAUUUCCAUUUAUUACAUGAAUCAUGACAAUGCUAAGUUGUAUUUGCUUUUUAGCUACUAUCUAAAACUAUCAAGAUCAGAUAAAAGGACAAUCUCAUUAGGAAUGAUAAUGUUUAAAUUUGUAUGUCUUUAAAUCACUUUUUAUUGUCUAAGGUUUUCACUCUGGGAAAGUGG